AUCCUUCUGUUUUUAUGGUAUAAGCUUAUCUAUUCAUGGGGCUGAAAAGUGCGUGCAAGUCUGUCAGAGGAGAACUGCAGCAAGCUACCCAGUGUCACAGUGUCCACCUGUGGUUGGGCAUCUUUCACUCCCACGAAUCAGAAAGUCCAUAAAAAUGGAAGCUUCGUCUUCUGGAUCCAGUAUUUCAGCAGUUGRUGGUGGAAAAGCAAAACCUCAUCAGCCAGUAGCUAAGGAUGUCAACAUUUUUUUCGAUGAGUUAGAAGGUGUGAACAGCCCUUCCAAAGAUGAUGACUCUCUGCUUCACCAUGGUAACUUGACCUGUACUUCUGAUGAUGCCAGCAGGUUGGAAGUGGUGGGAGAGGAAGCACCUGAUAAAAACAAAACCAACGGACUAUACUUUAGAGAUGGGAAAUGUCGAAUCGACUACAUUCUGGUGUAUAGAAAAUCCAAUCCACAAAYAGAAAAGAGGGAAGUAUUUGAGAGGAAUAUCAGAGCAGAAGGACUGCAAAUGGAGAAAGAGUCAUCACUAAUAAACAGCGACAUCAUCUUUGUGAAGCUGCACGCCCCUUGGGAGGUCCUGGGCAAAUACGCAGAACUAAUGAAUGUAAGAAUGCCAUUCAGGCCCUUUAACCCCUUCACUGCUGGAGCCCCCUGCAUACUUGUGCGCUGCUGUUUUUUAAAUGGACAUUUCAUUGAAAUCAAUGGGAGGUCGAGAAGAUCCAGGAGAAAAAUCUAUUACCUGCACCGCCGGUACAAGUUCAUGAAUAGGAUCGAGAAACAAAUAAGCAGGUUUCGAGGAUGGUUACCUAGAAAGCCAAUGAAAUUGGACAAGGAGACACUGCCAGACCUGGAGGAGAAUGACUGCUACACUGCCCCAUUUAGCCAACAAAGGAUCCAUCACUUCAUCAUACAUAAUAAAGACACUUUCUUCAACAAUGCUACAAGAAGUAGAAUUGUACACCAUAUUUUACAAAGAGUGAAAUACGAAGAAGGGAAAAACAAAAUUGGUCUGAAUCGAUUGCUCAGUAAUGGCUCCUAUGAAGCUGCCUUUCCUCUUCAUGAGGGAAGCUACAGAAGUAAGAAUUCCAUAAGAACCCAUGGGGCAGAAAAUCACAGACACUUGCUUUAUGAGUGCUGGGCUUCCUGGGAAGUAUGGUAUAAAUACCAACCUCUGGAUCUGGUGAGACGGUACUUUGGUGAGAAAAUUGGGCUCUACUUUGCCUGGUUAGGCUGGUAUACAGGGAUGCUCUUCCCAGCUGCCUUCAUUGGAUUGUUUGUCUUUUUGUAUGGAGUCACCACCUUGAACCACUGCCAAGUCAGUAAAGAAGUCUGUCAAGCUACAGAUAUCAUAAUGUGUCCUAUAUGUGAUAAAUACUGCCCAUUCAUGAGGUUGUCAGACAGCUGUAUUUAUGCAAAGGUAACCCACCUUUUUGACAAUGGAGCUACUGUCUUUUUUGCUGUUUUCAUGGCAGUGUGGGCAACUGUUUUUCUGGAGUUUUGGAAAAGAAGGCGAGCAGUAAUUGCUUAUGACUGGGACUUGAUUGACUGGGAAGAAGAGGAGGAGGAAAUACGUCCCCAGUUUGAAGCCAAGUACUCCAAGAAAGAGCGAAUGAACCCCAUAUCCGGGAAGCCAGAGCCUUACCAAGCAUUUGCAGACAAAUGCAGCAGACUCAUUGUUUCUGCAUCUGGAAUAUUUUUUAUGAUCUGUGUGGUGAUUGCUGCUGUUUUUGGAAUUGUUAUUUACCGUGUUGUGACUGUCAGCACUUUUGCUGCCUUUAAGUGGGCUUUAAUCAGGAAUAAUUCUCAGGUUGCAACUACAGGGACUGCAGUGUGCAUCAACUUUUGCAUCAUCAUGCUACUGAAUGUGCUGUAUGAAAAGGUUGCCCUUUUUCUGACAAAUUUAGAGCAGCCUCGUACUGAGUCUGAGUGGGAGAACAGCUUCACUCUGAAAAUGUUUCUUUUUCAAUUUGUCAAUCUGAACAGCUCUACCUUUUAUAUAGCAUUCUUCCUUGGAAGAUUUACAGGACACCCUGGUGCCUACUUGAGGCUGAUAAACCGGUGGAGGCUGGAAGAGUGCCACCCUAGUGGAUGCCUUAUUGAUCUCUGUAUGCAAAUGGGUAUUAUAAUGGUGCUAAAGCAGACCUGGAAUAAUUUCAUGGAAUUGGGCUACCCGCUAAUUCAAAACUGGUGGACCAGGAGAAAACUACGACAAGAGUAUGGCACACAGAGGAAAACCAGUUUCCCACAGUGGGAAAAGGACUACAACCUUCAGCCUAUGAAUGCUUAUGGACUCUUUGACGAAUACCUAGAAAUGAUUCUUCAAUUCGGGUUCACAACCAUUUUUGUGGCAGCUUUUCCACUGGCACCACUUCUGGCCUUACUUAACAAUAUUAUUGAAAUUCGGCUUGAUGCAUACAAAUUCGUUACACAGUGGAGGAGACCUUUAGCCUCAAGAGCCAAAGAUAUAGGAAUCUGGUAUGGGAUCCUGGAAGGCAUUGGAAUUCUCUCUGUUAUCACAAAUGCAUUUGUUAUAGCUGUGACGUCYGAUUUCAUCCCUCGACUUGUUUAUGCUUACAAAUAUGGACCCUGUGCAGGCCAAGGAGAAGCUGGGCAAAAGUGUAUGGUUGGCUAUGUUAAUGCCAGUUUAUCUGUAUUUCUGGUGUCUGACUUUGAAAAUCGUUCAGAGCCAACAUCAAAUGGAAGUGAAUUCUCCGGUUCACCAUUAAAAUAUUGCAGGUACAGGGACUACCGAGACACUCCUCACUCCGCUGUGCCCUAUGGUUACACGCUGCAGUUCUGGCAUGUCCUAGCAGCACGGCUGGCUUUCAUCAUCGUAUUUGAGCACCUUGUCUUUUGCAUAAAGCACGUGAUUUCCUACUUAAUCCCAGAUCUCCCGAAAGAUUUAAGAGACCGAAUGAGGAGAGAGAAAUACCUGAUUCAGGAAAUGAUGUAUGAAGCUGAACUAGAACGUCUGCAGAAAGAACGGAAGGAAAGGAAGAAGAACGGAAAAUCUUAUCACAAUGAGUGGCCGUGAUGGGGUGAUGGUCCUAUAUAUUGUUUACUUAUUCCCACUCCACAAGAGCACUACGUUCAAGAGAAUGAGAGAAAAUGCAACCUCAAAGCAUGCCACAGACAUCUUCCAUAGCAAGCAGGACAGCUCACAUCAAAGAAUUUACUGUGAAAUCAUCUUGCAAUCAGCAUAGGAUUGAUCACCAUAGACUACUCUUGACAGGAAGCAUGUACUUAAUAAGCAAUUAAACACCAGUUUUUAAAACCAAGGGAAAAACUGUAUAUUGGGGCUGUUUUUCAGCCUGUUUGCUACAUUUUUUGCAUUCUGUCCAGUGCUGGUUUUACAAGUCUUAGAAUAACAAAUGUAAAUGAAAAACCUGGAUACUCUGACAAAAAGAAAGCCUAGGUAUAUAACAUCGUCUGCUUUCAAGCCACCGAAAACUGAAACUUUGUUUCAAAAUAAGUUCUUUUUUUUA